GAAGGUUUAGCUCGACUGUUAAAAAGAAGAGCAGAGGCCACGCAGGAGCAGUGAGGAUGUGCUCCUUCUCUCUCCGUACUGUUAGCGCAUGUGUAUUUGUUCAUUUUGAUGGAACUCCAUCAAAUCAAACCGCGGCAUCUGUCAUUUCCAACCUAUUAUAUGAACUCCAUAUCCGCCAAGCUUGGAGCAAAACUCGUCUCCACUUCCGCUAAAUUUAGGGGUAUCUGUUCAUCUUCCCUAAAUUUGGAGAACACCCAGAAGCCAGUUCGCAGACUCACUGGCAGAAACAGUGGUUCGUUGGGUAGUGUUAGGGUUUCCGAGGCACAGCUUAAGGAAAACUGGUUAGAAUCUCUAUCUUGCCCAUUUCCAUUUCCGGGGGAGGAAGUGCGCUCGUGUGGUGAAGAAGACGAGCCCCGAAGUAAUGUUGAAACAGAAUGGGUAAUUGGCAUUGAUCCAGAUCUUUCUGGGGCGUUGGCGCUCUUGAAGAGCGAUGAGUCAGGGUGUUCCGCUCAGGUAUUUGAUUCUCCUCAUUUACAAGUGCUAGUUGGAAAACGAGUUCGAAAGCGUUUAGAUGCCAAGUCAAUUGUUCAUUUGCUUCAAAGUUUCAAUGCACCAAUUGGAACUACUGCUUAUAUAGAGCAAUCAAUCCCUUUUCCACAAGAUGGGAAACAGGGAUGGUGGAGUGGCGGAUUUGGUUAUGGGCUAUGGAUUGGGAUCCUAGUUGCUUCUGGAUUUUCUGUUGUUCCAGUGCCAUCGUUCACGUGGAAGAAUGAGUUUGAACUCUCUGGAGGUCCAUCAAGCAAGGAUGAUAGCAGGAAAGUAGCAUCCAUGUUAUUUCCGUCUCUAAGCCCCCUAUUUAAACGGAAGAAAGAUCAUGGGCGAGCUGAGGCUUUACUCAUUGCUGCUUAUGGUAAAGGCCUCAAGAUGAAGCUAGACUCUUCAUGCAUCUCAGAGGAUUGAUAACUCAAGAAUCCUAAAUUGCCCCAGGAUCCCACUCUUCUACCACGUCCAGCUUUUAAUGCUGCCAGGUGUUCUUUGUCCUUGGAAGUUGAUGUGGUGAGAAGGAAAUAGGUUGAUGAAGCUGUUUUACAAGAUCAACUGUUUGAAUUCAUAGUUGUUCUUUGAGAGUAAUCACUCGUUGAGACUGGAAGCAGAUAGCGUAGAGGUCAGGUAGUUACUGAACUUGGAUGGCAGCAGCCUGCAACUAAUCGUACCCCUGAGGAUAUAAUGUUCAAUAAAUUUCAACCAAUUUAUGUGGAUGGUAUGUUUGUUUUCUAGCUGUUUCAUUAAUUUAAAUGGAAAAAGAGACCUAUACAGCUGACUUAUUCUUUAAAAUGGGAGCACCCACCCCACAGAAGAUAAAAUAGAAAGCCAAUUAGUUCA